GAAUUUGCGAUCAAUCGCGUUUCCCAGACCGUCCUCUCUCCCUCCCUCUGCCACUCGAUGUCUCGCCCGCGGUACACCGUCAACAAUCCACAAGCCGUGUCGUCUGCGACCUUUUCCGGAAAACGGCAAGAUCGCGCACCUGAUCGCGGCGGCGAUCAUGACGACCGUCGCACCGGCUUGGGAAGGUACUUUGCCGCCAGUCCACGCCGUGCGCCUGAGCUUCCCGAUGCCUUCCAGCCCGGCCUGGUCGCGGCUGCGCACAACGAUGUGAGUAAUCCUCGUCCAACCAAGCGCCCGCGGGUGCUGUUUGGCUCGUCGCCACCCCCGCCAUCGACUGGCGAUGAGAAGCGGCAUGCGGGCAGGCGCGGCGGGCGCGGUGGGCAGGGCAGCCGUCAUCGCGGACAGGCGCGGCGGCGCGGCGGCGCGGCAAUGCCGGAGCUGGCGUUCACCGAGGGCCGUCGGGCUGGACCGGCUGGCCGGGUGUACGGCCCGCGGCUGGCGCAGAGCACGCUGUCGGCAACCGGGACGCUCGGCAUCGUCAAGCCAGUCAAGAAGGUGCGCGCCGCCGGCCCGCAGGCAUCGACCGACAUUCGGCUGCGGACGGUGGCGCUGAAGACGCUCCGCGGCGCAGCAUGGCGCAAGGCCACCGCAGACUACUUUCGCGUCGAGAACGUGGCCAUCGCCUCUCUGCGGACUCACUCGGCGGCAGACCAGGGCGCGGCCCUCGUCCAUCUCGGCCUCAUCGAGCAUGGCACACCAAGCGCGACUACCCCGGUCGCCGCCAUGUACCUCGCUCACGACAUCGAGGCCGCGCUUGCCGACCUGGCCCCGGGAUCUGUCGUCGCCGCCAUCAUCUGCCGGCUCUCAUUUCCGCUCCUCCCGCCUCCGGGUCGACCGGGAGCCUCCGGCAACCAGCCGGAUCCCACCCCGCCUCGGGUCACCAUCAUGCACAUCGACGCCCGCCGCGGCUCGUAGCCUGUCCCGCCAGCUUUUGCUUGUCUUUCCUUGUCAACCACACACACGUUUCCC